AUCAGAUACGUGCUCUGGAUGCCUCAGCUUGCUGUCGUAUGUCUUCUGGUGAUUUUUCAGGCAUGAAUGGAUUGGAAAAUUCAGUUCUGUAAAUCGCCGAUUCCGGCCCGAAACAUUUUCGGCCCAACACCGACGCCUUGAAACUGACACGAUAACGAGGUCUGCACAACGACGAGCCCACAACAAGAAUCGGUCUUUCCUUCCCGUCCCUAGCCAUUUUCAGCUUUUCUUUUGCCUCAAUAUCCAUGCUAUGCCCCGUCCCGGCCAACCUCCUGCCUCUACACUUAGAAAUCGCAAUCGAAUUAAUAACAAAAGUCGGCUCAAAAUCGUUCAUGGAAACAUCGAUGCCGACCCAAUCAUACCCGAUGAAGACGACGAGAAGAACCGUUUGUUGCAGAGUGUCGCAGGUGUCGACCAGGAGGAUGCAAAUGUGGGUGUCCCUCUUCAGCCAAUCAGAAUCUGCCACAGGCCUCUACCGAGGUGGCAGUGUGUUCCGCGGUUUGGCUGACUAAUACUCCCUUUUAGGAACACCACUUGCAAGCCGUUCUAUCCGAGGCAGCUUUGCGAAAUCACUCAACGCAUCGUCUCACCCGUGGCUCUGAGAAGGAAAAGCAUACUACUCCCGUCGCAUUCAUCCCGAUACCUGACUCUGCCGGUGUAGUUGAUGACUAUGAACAGCUUUACCCUCCGAAUCGCUGGAAGGAUACCGUUGCAUAUAUACAGUUCACUUCCACGACCGAAGAAUGCGCAACUGCUGCACUCGCCAACGGCUUUUCAUAUUACAUGGACGAACGUGAUAUGGACUGGCUCACCAAGAAUAACGAGGAAGCUCGCGGUGAAGGAACAAGUGUGCAAGGUGCCUUCUCUUGCUCUGGCACCAGGACGUCUGGGAGGAGUGCAAAAGCCAAGGGGAAGGAACCCGAUUCUCCUUCUCCCGUCUCCAUGACUGAGGAUGAAUUUGAAUUCGUCAUGGGAUUGUAUGAGAAGAUGACUCAUGAGAAGACUGAGUUUUUACAUCAUAGCCUAGAAACUGGCAUGGCCUUCCCUCCUUUCAGUGAUUAUCAAGAUACUUUCUCCACUCCUCUUCCUCCCUCCACCUUCACAUCUUUCAGUUUACCACGCUGGCUUCCCUCGUCCGCACAACUUGUCAGGAUAGCACGAGCCGUAUAUCCGUACUGGAAGGAACGGAGGUUGGAACGAGAUGGUCACAGAAUAAUACCCAUCUUGAACUUCGACGAGUCAGACUCACUGAACGAGUCCUACAUAUGCUUCCGUCGACGGGAUGUCAAAGCUGUGCGAAAGACUCGCGCUUCUCAGGUUACCUCUUCGGAUAAACUUGCACGACUGCAAGCGGAGUUUACUUUUCCUGUUGAGCUUGCCAAAUGUGUUAUUAGUCGAGAACAGCUCAAACGGGAAAGUGCACGACAGUCUCAGCACAUAUGGGAGCAGCGUAUCCAGUUUGUGGAACUCCGGCGACGGUACCCUAUGCUUGCCGAAAAGAUGGACGAGGAAUUGCUUGUCGACAGGGAGAGACUAUCCAAGAAGCCAGAAUUACGUGGUGUCAAGAUUCCUCCAAAAGCCGAUGUUAUCCCUCCUCAGACACCGCAGGUCGUACGCCCAAAAGACCGGAUCGCCUCGAUUCAGAACAAGAUAGAAGGUUUCCUCCAAAAGCACAAGGAAGUAGAUCAACAUUGGGAGGACGCCAUCGAUACCGGUUAUGUUCCGCCGCCAUCCGCACACCCUUCAAGGUUAUUCAAAUACAUCAACACUUCUGAUGCACCCAAAGCCCUCUCACCCGAAGGCGGCGAAGAAAUAACUUCAGGCCAGAGCUACCGACGGUCGGUUCGCAUGCGGUACGGGAGGGGAGGAAGGAUGUUUGUUGACCGAAGAGUUCCGUUCUCCAAUGGUUUCUCAUCAAGACUCAAGCGUACACGGGAGGACCCCGACGAUGACACCAUGGAUGUCGACUGUGAAGAAGAUGAGGAGCAUGACAGGAGACUCAAGGAGAGGUGGAGGUUUGACUCUGAUGAUGGACCUCCUUACGGUCCAAACGGUUCUGAUGAACAGGACAGAGCUCUUGUGAACGAUUUCGAAACUAGUUAUAUGCGUUGUACUGUCAACCUCCUCUCUGAACCGGAUUACGUUUGUCUCCUGCCUGACCCUACCAUCAUCAGAACCGGACCAGAUGGGCGGAAGGAAGCAUAUCUACCAUUUAAACUGGGUCAACCACCGCGCCCUUGUCCCGUGAAUUCUAAUCAACCCAUGAUAUCGCAGACUGCGCAAGCCGCCGCCUCAGUACCCGUAUCUCAGCAAAUGAAGAUGCAGGUACAGCACGCUACAGCAAACGUGAACAUGCUCCCUCAACACAUGAGGAUAUCUGCCGGUCGACGACCGCCUAGUGCUAGCGUGGCUGCCACGGUCCCCAUUGCAACUUCGGCAUCGCCGCCGAGACAAAUGCCCCAGCCUACACACAAUGGGACUGGGGGACGUCCUGCGAUCAACAUGCCUCACGUUGAUGCUGUUAAUUCUCUUCCGAAGGUGGAUGGAACCGCUUUAUUGGGAAAUGGUUUUGCUUCUAUCACGCCAGCACCUUCGUUGCCGCAACCGCAACUUCAGCAGCAGAGUAGUUUGGAAGUAAUGGAGCCCCAGACGCCUCAGCAGCAGCAGCGUUCUGGUUGCGAGAGUGGAGAACUCCAUAGUUCUCAACAGCAGGAGAAUGGUCUCGGCCACAGUAUCGGCAACUCCCAACUCAAAUACCAGUUAAAACCCCAUGAUCAGCAACAGCACUCGAACUACUCCGGCGGAAUGCUCAACGGUAACCCUGCUGCACAUCUCAACGGAUAUUCGGGCAUGCCGACCUAUGUCCUUCCGCCAGCGCAACAACAAACAUCCGCGUUGAGUCUGCAGCAAGUGCAAAACCUGAAAUCUGUAUUUGCAGCAGCAGCAGCACCUCAGGUUGGGACUCAAAUGUAUAUGCAUCAUGUUGUACCAUCAGUGAAAGGGAACGGUCAGCCACCCAACGGGAUGAAUAUCAACCUCAAGGUGCCUCCCAAUGUUCGACAACAACAAAUGCAGUGGCCCGCCAGUGGUGGUGGCGGUUCCCCAGUCAUGAACGGAAGUCCACCGAUGCAGCGACCAGGGUCAGUUGUGAAUGGUGUCCCGGUCGUCAACGGCGUGACCGCGAUGUCUCCUCCGCGCACACCUUCCAGUGUUGGGCAGCUUGGGAAUGUCGGACUCAACGGACAACAUCAUCAUCAGAUGUCUAUGUCGCCUCCCCCAAUUCGCUCGCCUCAACAGCAUCAGUCUUCUCCACGAGUUCCACAGACGCCAGUUAUGAGUGCUAAUUCGCAAGGAGGCUAUUAGUACCUUGACGUUGGAUUCUUUUCUCUUUUCUUUUUUUUUUGUGGCAAUGGAGAUUUUCGUGUCCAUGUCGGUGUUUUCUUCCUCUAUAUUAUGCUUGUCAAGUAAAUAACAGAUACCAUUGUACCUUCGAGAUUAUGUAUAGUAACGUUUAAGUCAAUCCCACAUUGUAUCACAUACUUCCUCAUUACCAUUGCUUACAAUCGUCAAAACACUUUUCAUGCACAUCAUCAGUCUGCCA